AGUCUCCUAAAAUACCCAAAAUUAGCAUAAGAAGCCAAAAAAAAAGCCCUAGAAAGAUAACAUUUUUGCCUCUCGGUCCAAUUUAGGGUUUAUCGAAGUUUAAGCCCAUUAACUUCUCCUCCCUCCAAACCCCUUCUUCCCUCUUCUGCAACCUCCCUUAAACCCUAGUAAAAUUCGGAAGAACAAUUCUUUUUCAAUAUGAAUGGUUUAAUUGAAAAUGGCACCAUGAAUGGCUAUUCUAAUGGCACCAUGAAUGGUAAUUUUAAUGGUACCAUGAUUGCUAAUUAUAAUGGUGCUGUGAUUGGUAAUUGUAAUGGUGCCGUGAAUGGUCAUGGCGUCGAUGCAACGGAGGAUGGGGUCACUCCUGAAGUGCAGCCAAAUAAGCGCAGGAGAAAAAAGUCUAUUGUUUGGGAAUACUUUACCACAGAAACUGUCACUCCUGGUUGUAUCAGGGCUUGCUGUAAACAGUGCAAUAAGUCAUUUGCUUACAUUACUGGCAAAAAGCAAUCAGGUACUAGCCACCUCAAGAGACACAUAUCCUUAGGUAUCUGUCCUGUAAAUCGUCCUAACCAGGAAAAGAAGCAACUCUCUCUCUACACACCACGCUCCCAAAAAGGCACUAUCACAGCUCCUCCAAGAAAGCGCUUGAGAGCAUCUCCUGGAUCAGUAACCAUUGCGUUAGACCAAGAACGCUGCAUUCAUGAGAUAUCCAGAAUGAUUUUACUUCAUAAUUACCCAACAAACAUGGUAGAACAUCGUGGUUUUAUUGACUUUGCCCGGAUUCUUCAACCUCACUUCUCUAUGGUUAAUUUUGAUGCUAUUCAGAGUGAAAUUAUGUCUAUCUAUGCGAGAGAGAAGAUUUUACUUGCAAAUACUCUAGCUGAAAUCCCUGGGCGUGUCAGCCUUACUAUGGAUCUCUGGACAUCAGACCAACUUUUGGGUUAUGCUAUUCUGACUGGGCACUUUGUAGAUGCCGAUUGGAGAUUGAGCUCCCGGGUCCUUAAAUUUGUUCUCGUGCCGUUCCCAGAUUCACAAGUUGCUUUUAAUCAUGCUGUCGUUUCAUGUCUGUCUGAGUGGGGCUUAGGAAACAAGUUGUUCGCACUUGCUGUCGAUCAGUCUUUUGCAAACGAAGCUGUUAUUGGGAACAUUAGGGGCCUGCUUUCAAUAAAAAAUUCUCACAUGCUGAAUGGUCAAUUUUUGAUACCCGAUUGCUAUGCCCGUGUCAUGAGUCGUAUGGCACUGGAAGCCCUGGUGGCAACACAAGAAGCUGUUGCCAAAGUUCGCGAUAGUGUGAAGUACGUCAAAACUUCAGAAUCUUGUGGAGUUAAGUUCAAUGAUCUUAGACAACAACUUCACGUCCCUUGCACACAGAGUCUAGUCAUUGAUAAUCAAAGAAGGUGGGAUUCAACUUACCAUAUGCUGUCAACAGCAUGUGAUUUGAAAGAAGUUUUUUCUUGUCUAGAUACUUCUGAUCCUAAUUACCAGCAGGCUCCUUCAAUGGAUGACUGGAACUGUAUAGAGGUACUUUGUGUUUAUUUGAAGCUUUUUUAUGAUGCUGCUGACAUUCUUACAUCUGAAAUCUACCCUACCUCAAAUAAAUUCUUCCAUGAAGUCUCUAAAAUUCAGAUGCAGCUAGCUCAUGGAUCAUUCCAUGAGGAUCCUUAUAUUAGCAACUUUGUCAGACCUUUGUAUGAAAAGUUUGACAGAUAUUGGAGGGACUGUUCUGUGGUCUUGGCCAUGGCUGUAGCUAUGGACCCAAGAUAUAAGUUGAAGCUUGUGGAGUUUAGCUUUUCCAAGGUUUACGGGGAAGAAGCUGACAUGUGGUUAAGGGCCGUUUAUGAUGGUAUACAUGAGCUAUACUUUGAAUAUGUUGCUCAGACUUUACCCUUGCCAUCCAUUCAUGUAGAACAAAGGUAUGAAGGAUUCAUUAAAGCAGAGGCACUUCAAGAUGAAGCAACUCUACCUCCUAGCGAUGGCCUGUCAGAUUUUGAUGUGUAUAUUUCAGAAAUUUCAAGUAACCAUCAGACAAAAUCAGAACUAGAUCAGUAUCUAGAUGAGUCACUUUUGCCAAGAGGUUCACAGGAUUUUGACAUUCUCGAGUGGUGGAAGUUGAACAGAAUCAAAUACCCAACUCUCUCAAAGAUGGCUGCUGAUAUAUUAUCGAUACCGUUUGCUACAGUUUCUCGGGAUUCCGUGUUUGAUACAGUAGGCAAGAAGUUGGAUAGUCAUAGGAGUUCACUUAAGCCUGUUACAUUAGAGGCCCUCGUUUGUGCUAACGACUGGUUGCAGUGUGGAAUGAGACAGAGUACACCCUUGUUAGAUAUCUCCACAAUGUGUAUAAAAAUGGAAACCCAAUAAGGUUGAGUUCUUGAUUACUUGGUCGUUGGAAGAUUGGCACGGCUGUUACUCAGCGGUGCAGGUUUUAAUGUUGGCUGAUCACUAAUCUUUCUUUUCCCCAAUUUUGAAGAUAAUAGGAGUAACUAUAGUUUUGUGUAUUAUUGCAAAAUUCUUUCGUUUCAUUAGCGUAAGUACCUUUUUGGUUGAAGAGCUUUUUAGUUCUAACUAUGAUGUAAAGUUUAUUUUAAAAUCCAAAGUGGCAAAGAAUAAGAAAUUCAGAAAGGCA